AUGGCGAUAGCUUCGCUCCUCGUCCAGUCAAAGAAGAAACGGGAGGACCUGAUAGAGAGCGGCUACAACAGAUGGGCCAAUGACGACCAGGGGCUCCCCGAUUGGUUCGAGAGCGAUGAAGCUAGACACUACCAGAAACAGAUCCCCAUCUCCAAGGAGAUGGUUGCCGAGUAUCGUGCCCAGCUACGAGCCAUCAAUGCCCGACCAAUCAAAAAGGUCGCAGAGGCAAAAGCGAGGAAGAAGCAGAAGGCAAUGAGACAGCUGGCCAAGGCCAAGAAGCGAGCCGAGGGCAUCACGGAUACGGAGGACAUGUCCGAGCGCGAGAAAAUGCAGCACAUCAAGCAGAUUUACAAGAAGGCAGGGGUUCUCGGGAAGAAGAAACCGGAGGUGAAGUAUGUGGUGGCAAAGAGGGGGCUGGCUGGGAAGAAAGCCGUGCGACCGGCUGGGGUGAAAGGUCGUUAUCGUCAGGUGGACCCUCGCAUGAAGAAGGACAAUCGGACGAUGAAAAUGAAGGCUAAAGCUGGCUCCAAACAGAGGGGAGGGAAAAAGAAGAGCAGAUGA